AUGGAGCGUCUGGACUUGUUGGGAUUCCUCAUCGUCACACUGAACUGCAACGUGACCAUUGUGGGGAAGAUCUGGCUGAUCUUUACGAUACUGCUGCGGAUGGUGGUGGUUGUCCUGGCCGGGGCCCCCGUCUACCAGGAUGAGCAGGAGAGGUUCGUGUGUAACACUCUGCAGCCGGGAUGCGCCAAUGUUUGCUUCGACAUCUUCUCGCCUGUGUCCCACCUGCGGUUCUGGCUCAUCCAGAGCGUGUCUGUUCUCCUCCCUUCUGCCGUUUUCAGUGUCUAUGUGCUCCACAAAGGAGCCGUGCUCGCCGCCCGUGGACCCUGCGCGCCAGAGGUCCGUCCCAGGGGUCAUGACCCCUCCGACCCGAUCGCUGGGGAUAGGCGCUGCCCACCGCCCUGCAGGAAGGCGCGCAACCUGAACGUGCCAGACUUCUCCUCCGGCUACAUGGUCCACCUCUUUCUUCGGACCCUGACGGAGGCGGCCUUCGGUGCCUUGCAUUACCUCCUCUUUGGAUUCCUGGUCCCAAAGAGAUUCUCGUGCACCCGCCCUCCGUGCAGCAGUGUGGUGGACUGCUACGUGUCCCGGCCCACGGAGAAGUCCAUCAUGAUGCUCUUCCUCUGGGCCGUCAGCGCGCUCUCGCUGCUGCUCAGCGUCGCCGACCUGGCCUGCAGCCGCAUCGCCCGCCCGACGAUGCUUCCGGGGGCGCCCGCAGGUGGCGCGGCGAGCCGGCAGGGGACGGGUGGGCCGCGGGAGCCGCCCCUGGACCCCCGACUGCGGGAGACGGAGUUGGCUCAGGUCCCGGGCUCGCCGCUGGAGCCGCGCCUGGCGUGCACGCGCACGGAGCUCCCGGACCUAGUGCAGAGGAGAGAGCGCUCAGCUCAGGGGCCCUGCGAGUCUCCAUGUUCCGGCCGCGCGGGUGAGAGACACCGAGAGUGUGGCCGCUGCACGUCCAUUGGAAGCUGCAAGCCGUGA